AAAAGCCGUCUCGAAGUUUCUGUCACAGAAGAAGACUCAGUUUUAGUUGUGGAUGUGUUGUGUUGUGUUGUGUUGUGUCUCUCGUUUUCAAGUAAUUUAAUUCAACUCAAUUCUGAAAAGAAUGGAAGCUGCAAAGCCAUUGAUAAACGCUUUCAAAACAAAAUCAAAGCAGGCCACGCUGCUUUGGCUUGAGGGCUUCAGAGAGGCCUGUUGCCUUCACCGUGUCUUCAUCCUCUGCCACAGGUCGAGAAAGCUUUUGAUACGUACAGGACAGUGUUUUCUAUUGAAUGGCUUCAUUUUCUUAGGAAGUAUAAUUAUCCUUAACUCAGUCAUCGUCCCAGCUCUACACUGGAUAUUACCUGAUAGGUGCCCAGAAUUUUGUUCUCAAGAACUCUGCUCCUUUGGUGGUAUUUUGAAAUUUUAUUCCUUCUUACGUCUUGGGCUCAUACAACUCUUUUAUGUAACUUGGUUCUACCCGUUGUAUGUAUUCAGCAUUAUCCUGAGCAACAUCUGGUACAAUGAUAUUGCUAAGUAUGGAUUUGCUGCAAUGGGGAGAUCUGGGCCAACCACAUUGGAUCCUGUCAGACAAAAUGAGGCAUUGGCCUUACAAAUUGGAGCUGGUACGGAAAGACCUACUGGCCUGGGAGGGGUCAUGAUUGGAAUAGGAGAGCAGGUGUACUCAUUACUUCUUUUGAGCUGUUUCUUCCUAGAGGUAUAUGUGACAGGCUUUAUACCGUAUGCAGGGAAGGCACUAAAUUUUCUACUUCUUUCCUGGAUGUAUGCCUAUUACUGUUUUGAGUACAAAUGGAAUUUUUCUGAAGUUCGUCUGGACAAACGGCUGGACUUCUUUGAAUCUAACUGGGCUUUUUUUGCUGGUUUUGGAAGCCCUUGUGUUCUUCCUGUUCUCUUUUUCUCGCCUCUUGUGAGCUACGGGUUUAUGGCAAUACUCUUUCCAUUGUUUGUUUUGACAGCAACAGGUUCAGAGGCUGAGCAAGUUAUUUCUUCUCAAAGAACAAAAUGGGAAGUUGCUGGGUUUGGAAGGCUUCCAAUAUUUAAUGCUGCAGAUACUUUAUCGAUGAGGGUUUUGUCUCUGUUUCCCCAGGAAUCCCAGGAGCUGCUUCAGAAAAAGAAAGACAGCUAAGAAGCUUGGCGUGAUGCUUACACAAGUUUUAAAUAGAUCAUCAAUUCCACCCAAUUUGUACAUAAUUUAAGUGCAAUGGCUCAAGAUAAAGCAUCAGAAAGGGUUGAUGUUUCCAUUCUGUAUUUUGUGAGAAAAACAUGGUUGCAAUAGGGAUACCACUAUUUUGCUAUUCCCGGCCAAUAAUGCUAUGCCACAUGGAAGUGUUCACGUGUGUCAUAGCUUUAUUGGCAGAAGAUAACAAAAUAAUGUUAUCCUCGUGUCAUUGAAGUCUGUCGUAUUUUGUACAUAGAAAGUAGGUUUUGACCAAAGGGUUAUCUUAUGUACGGAAUAGUGUGAUGAAGGACCAAUUUCAAUGGUCAAAUUUGACCAAAUGGUUAUAAGUGGUGCUCAGCUUGCUUUAUUAUACGUGUUGCUGUCCAAA